CUUGAAGCUUUGAAACAUAGCUGAGUCAGUGAAAUGCAAUCAGCAAUGACGCGUAGGCAUGUUCAAACUUUACUGACCCUUUCUGUGAUAGUGCGACUUGCAGUCUGGAUAUUAGUUUAUAUCUCUGCUCGCUUGCUUCCACUGUUCGAUGCAUCACCAAGCAUUUGGAUCAACGGAACACCCCCAUCCUCUAUCCUCCUUCGUUGGGAUGCGUUCCAUUUCGCGCACGUAGCAAGAGAAGGAUAUGUAUACGAACACGAGUGGGCAUUCUUCAAUGGAUUGCCACUGCUGAUGCGCAUUUUGGACCACUUGCAAGCCCUGGCAGGUUUUGGUACAAACGGUUGGGGGACGCUUCUUCGAGGCGGAGCAGGCAUGGCCAUACUGUGCGACUCAACACACGUGCUGUAUCACCUAUCAUUACAUUAUUUCCGCUCACCUUCCUUGGCAUUUUUAUCCGCUGCACUCUCCCUAUUAUCGAGUAGCCCCGCUGCGCUUAAAUUGGCAUCAUACAACGAACCGUUCUUCACAUAUCUCUCGUAUCGGGGCAUGCUAGCAUGUGCACGCUCCAAGUGGGCUGCAGCAUCUGUAUGCUUUGCAUUGGCAAGCAUGUUCAGGUCCAAUGGAAUAUUAUUGUCCGGAUUCAUACUGUGGGGUAUGCUGGUCGCGCCCUUUCUGACAGGGCAGAAAGAUCUAGUAAGCAUAAUCAUCCGAGUUAUGACAUCUGAGUUAAUGCAUUUAUGCCAGCUUACUCCUAGACGUUUGCUUAAAUGCGUGUUGUUGACUGCAUUGCCUCUGAUCCCCUUCAUCCACCACAAUGUCAUGGCAUAUCUGCUAUUCUGCAAGCCAUCAGCAACACACAUCCCGGAUUGGUGUACGAACAAUAUGCUUCCUUCGAUAUACUCCCACGUGCAAUCUAAAUAUUGGAACGUUGGCUUCUUGCGAUAUUGGACUGUCUCCAACAUACCAAACUUCAUGUUCGCGCUUCCUGUCUUACUUCAUGUGUUUGCGUUCUGCUGGUUUUAUCUAUCGAACUUACCCGCCAUUAUUCCUCAUAUCGCCCCGUGGAUUCGCUCAAAAAACAAUGACGUCCCUCCCCCUCCUCAGCUUGACUCUCCAUUUCUAUCUCCGUCCCUACUACCCCACGUACUCCACGCCUUGGCGCUCACGUUGAUCUUGACAUUCAAUGCUCACGUUCAGAUAUCACUUAGGCUUCUCCCGUCUCUUCCACUCACGUACUGGGCUGCUGCUCGUCUCAUGCUUGACCUUCCGAAGUGGGGGAAGGCAUGGGUCACAUGGAGUGUUUUGUGGGGUGCCUUGAGCUGUGUCCUAUGGGCAGUAUUUCUCCCACCUGCUUGAAUUUGUAUGUUAGAGAUUAGUGCGUGGUAGAAUAAAUGCACAUAUACCAUCGGGAAACAGCAAUUUGUCCUAACAUAGCGUACUUUAUCGUAAAUUAGUGUUGCUGACAUCGUCUUAGUCGGUUGCAAAGCGGUCUUCUCUUGCUU